AUGGGUUCCGUCGUCCUUCCCCACCUAACCACCGGCUGGCACGUCGACCAAGCCAUCCUCUCAGAGGACGAGCGCCUAGUGAUGAUCCGCUUCGGUCGGGACUGGGACGCAGAUUGCAUGCGGCAAGACGAAGUUCUCUACAAGAUUGCUGAGAAGGUGAAAAACUUCGCCGUCAUCUACCUGUGCGACAUCGACCAGGUGCCCGACUUCAACCAGAUGUACGAGCUGUACGACCCGUGCACCAUCAUGUGGUUCUUCCGCAACAAGCACAUGAUGUGCGACUUUGGCACGGGCAACAACAACAAGCUCAACUGGGUCCUCGAGGAUAAGCAGGAGCUCAUCGACAUCACCGAGACCAUCUACAAGGGCGCUAAGAAGGGCCGCGGUCUCGUCGUCAGCCCCAAGGACUACUCGACGCGGUACCGGUACUAA